UUCUAUUUAAGACCGUCUUAAGUUCAUCUUUAGAUUAUGCUUCGUAACUAAUGAAAUGAGCCAUACAGCAUCUGAAGAUGAACUUAAGACGGUCUUACAUAUAAAAUUCGACUAUGAAUGCCGAAACAUUGCAGACAGUACAUGUCGAAUAUUUAAGAAUAAAAUUGUUUUUACUCCACAUAUCCGCAUUCAACAAUCUUGGUGUACGAGUGAUUUAAUCGCGCUUACGCGAGAACCGCAAUUUUUCUUGGAAUAUCUUGUCUCUUCUCCUUUGAUUUCGUGUGCAUACACACAGGCUUUCUCACAAAUUGAACCACGUAUGCAAACUCACGCCAGUGUAUUAGUAAGGAGCAUUAUCACUGGUGAUACUUUUUCUCUUCUUUUCUCUGAUACUGGUUAACCUUGAGGCAUCGUCGUAGUGACGUUGUAUCGGUUCAAUGUAAUUGAACGUACUCAGAACACGGAGGGACAUCUUGGAAUAUCUCUCGAGUUCAGUGUUUCGUUUGUGGCCAACAUAAGCGACAUAUUCAAUUUUUGAACGGUUUACUGAGAGGAGAGAGAGAGAGAGAGAAGCCGGCCUGUCGAGAACGACGAGGAAAAACGGUCGUCUAUCAAAUUCAUUCACAUUGCCGUGCUUGUCGAAAAUAACGGUACCUGUCAAACAGUGAAGAUGAAGUGUUUGUUCGUUGGCAUCACAUUUUUCGCGUGUAACUACGUAAUAUGGGGCCAAGACUUUGUAUUUCCAAACAACGAGGAAAUGUCUCAUGUCAGCGGUGGUAACAGCACGGUAAUCACGGAACGUAUACCGGUUUCGACACCGGAUAAAUGUCCGAAAGAUAUGCUCCUUUAUCCAGGCGACGGCGUGAAGAGCGCCUGGGUGUGCGACUGUAGAUCCCGAUUUGUCUACUUUCCAAUGAACGAUUCCUGUUACGAAGUAUACCGGCAGGGUCCCUGCCCGGUGAACCAAUUCGUCGUCCUCCCGGAGGACGACGCGGUGCCGCGUUGCGAGGCGAAUCCUUGCAUCAUAGACGGUGUGGUGCCGUUCAACGGCACGUGUCACCUCCUCCAGUCGACUGGUGGUCCCUGCGGGCCCGACGCGGCAUUGGGCGUGAACGAGACCAACUUCCAACUGGAAUGCAUACCGAAGGAGGUCGUGCACUUUUCCAUAAUCAACACGCCCAGGAGGACCUGUCCGCCGGGCAGUCGUAGAAGCACGCUCGGCGAGUGCAAGAAAGUGGGUUAGACGCAUUACAUUGGGCCGCAUCACGUUGACAUACUAUUACGUCGUAGUACACGUGUAUUCACAGCUCAGGAUACAGAUAUGCUCGAAUGAUGUAUUAAAUAACGAUAGGCUCGUGUAACAAGUUUAUCUCUCCUCCUGACGUUGUAUACUCGGUUAGAUCUGUGUAUAUUAUAUCUCUUACACACACAUAUAUAAUCAGAAAAAUAUAUACAAAAAAAACAGUA